AAAGAAAAUAGAAAACUCACAGGAAAGUCUGAAAGAGGUAAGAAUGAUUUUAAGAUAACAAGAGUGACAUUUAACAACAUAUUAUUUCAUGACAGAUCUCUUUGUUUACAUUACCAGGAAAGACUGCGCAAAUCUGUACAAAAAGGUGAAAAAAAGAACGGAGUUUAUCAAAUUAAUCCUGAUGGUCAGGGUUACUUUAAGGUUUUCUGUGAUAUGAAGUCAUCUGGUGGAGGUUGGACUGUGUUUCAACGACGACAAGAUGGAAGUGUAAACUUCUAUCGAGGUUGGAAAGACUAUAAACAAGGUUUUGGUGAUCUGAAAGGCGAAGUCUGGCUUGGAUUGGAUAAAAUAUACCGACUAACAUCUGCAAGAAGAAAUAAACUUCGUGUAGACCUGAGAGACUGGUCAGGAAACGAAGCAUAUGCUGAAUAUGACUAUUUUGCUGUAAAGAAUGAAAAUAAAAAAUAUCAACUAAGUCUUGGUAAAUAUUCUGGAAAUGCUGGAGAUUCAUUAUCUUAUCAUAAUGGCAUGGCGUUUUCAACCAAAGAUUCAGAUAAUGAUAAAUCAGGAAGAAGUUGUGCCACUGACUACAAAGGUGCUUGGUGGUAUAAAAGUUGUCAUUAUUCCAACCUGAAUGGGCACUACUAUAGAGGAGCAUAUAGUGGAAGUGGUGUGAAUUGGUAUCACUGGAAAAAAAAACAAAUCCUUAAAGUUUACUGAGAUGAAAAUAAAACCUUAAAGAAAUUUUAAAUAUUGUGUUUCUUAACUUUGAUGAAUAUAUCUUAUGAAACUUUGCAUAAUAUUGACAUUUGAUAAUAAUUCUUUCAAUUGAACCUUUACAAUCAUCAUACUUUUAAAAGAGCGUGGAAAAAAUUGUUGAAAAAUAUUGUGGUGAAAUAAUAAAUUUUUUUUCUUCAGCAAAUGAUGGCAGAUUUAA